AAUAAUAAAAAUGAUCGAAAAACAAAACUUAGUUUUGUAGAAGAUGAAGAAGAAGAUGUUUUUAUCGUUAAAAAAUCUGUAUAUAGUCGAAGAAUGGAAAAGAAUAAGAAAAAAUUAUUAAAAUGUCGAAAUAAAUUUGAUGAUAAUAAUUCGACUAAUGAAAACAAUUCGAAUCAAGAGCAACCAACAAAAUCACCAAAAUCUUGUAAUGAUGAUAAUGAUGAUGUGAAAAAAGUGGAAGAAAUUAUUGUCUGUCCAGGUAGUGAUGAAGAAGCCAAUGAUGAUGAUGAUGAUGAUAAAAAUGGACAUUUUAAUCAUCGUUCUCAAGAACAACAACAACAACGACCACAAUUUCGUUCAUCAUUAGAACGUGGUAUAAUACCGGAUGCUAAAACAAUUUAUGAAUUGAAAAAACGACGACAAAAAAUGGCAUUAACAGCUGAUUUUAUACCAUUAGAAAAUGAAAGUGGAAAUCGUCAAGUUCGUGAUAGUGAUGAUGAUAAAAGUGAAAAUGAUGAUGAUGAUUUGUUACCGAAUUCUGAUUGUGAUGAUCAUGAUGAUGAUGAUGAUAAAGAUCGAAUACAAUUUGGUAAUGUUGAUUAUGAAUCAAAAGAUAAGGAAAAAUUUCGUGAAUGUUUUCGUGUUGCUCAGGAACAACAACAACAACAGCAAAAAAAUGAAAAUCAAAAGCAAAAACAAAAUAAUGAUUCAUCAUCUUCCGGCGAUGAUGAUGACCAUGAUGAUGAUGCUGAUAAUAAUGAAAAUGAAGAAUCUGAAGAAGAAGAAGAUGAAAUGGAUAAAUGGGAACGUGAACAAAUACGUAAAGCUGUUCGUAUGCCAAAUAUUUAUCAUUUAGCACGAUCUGAAAUGAAUAAUAAAUUUUUAACAACUAUGGAUGAUAAAACAUUGUUGAAUAAAUUACAAGUAAUACAUGAUAAUCAUAGUAUUGUACCAAUUGAAAUUGAUCAAAUGGAUUAUCGAUCAUAUGGUAAUAAUAUACCUAGCUAUAUUGUUGAUCUAUCAACCGAUAAUAAUAAUGAUAAUGAUGAUUUGAAUUUUGAUUCAUUCACGGAUCGUAUACAUUCAAUGCGAAAACAAAUCGAAACAACAAUUGAUGAAAAUCAACAAUUAUUAAAUCGUAUUAUGAUGGAUUUAAAAUUAUCCAAAAAUGAUAUUGAAAAAUAUAAUAUUAUAGAUGUUGUGGAAAUGACUGAUGAAUAUAAUUUAUAUAGAAAUCUUUAUGAUUAUAUUCGAAAUCUAUUUGAUUGUAUUAAUGAUAAAAUGAUUGAAUUGGAAAAAAAUGAACAUGGAAUAAUGAAUGUUUAUUGUAAUUAUGCGGAACAUCAAUUGAAUGAACAUCGUACCAAUAUACAGGAUCAGAAUUCAAUAUCAUUAUAUUUAAUUAUGAAUCAUAAAACAUUAUGUCAACAAUAUUCAUCAUAUGAUAAUAAUAAUCAAUUAACCUCGGUAUUGGAUGUUUAUCAUUUUGAUGAUAAUGAUCAAAUUAAACGUAAUCGUUGUUAUAAACGUUUGGAAAAUUUGAAGAAGAAGAAAACUAAUGAAGAUGAUGAUGAGAAUCCCGAAAGAAAAUCGUUAGAUGAAGAAUUGAAAUCAUUUCGUUUAGAAUUAGAUAAAUUAUUUGAUGAUACUGAUGAUGAUUUUGCUUCAAUCAAUGGUAUUUGUAAACAAUUUCAAAAAUGGAAAUUGAAAAACAUUCAAACUUAUAAAGAAUCAUUUAUAAUGGAAUUUUUACCAAAAUUUCUUGCAUAUUAUUUACGUUAUGAUUUUGCAUUGUGGAAUAUUUUUUUGGAUCCAAAAUCGAACAAUAUUGAUUUGAUAAAUAUGGAUGCUAUUCAAGAAUUGAUUCGUUAUUGUUAUUCAAACAAACAAGAUGAACUAAUCGAUUUGAAUGUAAUACCAAUAUUGAUCGAUCAGGUUAUAAUAAUGAAAUUGAUUGAAAUGAUUGAAAAAGAUAUUUGGAAUCCAUUAUCAAUCAAACAAACUGAUUGUUUUGUUAGAUUUUUACGGUUGACAAUAACAAAUUUUCCAACAUUGGUUGAUAUAAGUGAAAAUUUUUCCAAACUUUUACAAACAAUUGUUAAACGAAUGGAAAAAACAAUUGAAAAUGAUAUAUUUAUUCCACAAAUGAUUCCAAUGGAAUUUUUUAACGAUAAUGAUGAUGAUGAUCCUAAUGUAAAAUCAUAUUAUGAAAAUUUAGUUAUCGAAUAUAUAAUUGAAUUUUUUCAUCAUCAAUAUAUGGAAACAAUUCAACUAAUGAAAAAUAUAUUAUCAUUUCGUAAUAUAAUUUCUGAACAAAUUUUAUUUGAAUUUGUAAUGGAAAAAUUAUGUUUUCGUUAUAUACUUACAUCUAUUCAACGUUUAGCUGUUGAUAAUAAUCUGAAAAAAACAUUAGAAUUUUUAAAUAAUUUAAUAAUGAUUAUACCGAAUGAAUGGUUGAAAAAAUCAUCAAAUUUUAAUACUUUCAUACAACAAUUAUUCGAACGUUCGAAAUCAAAUCCAAAAUGUACGAAUGAAAUACGACAAAAAUUUCAAUCAUUAUUAUAUCAAAUUAAUAGAUAAUUUUUUUUUUAAAUUUUUGUAAAUAAAUAAAAUAUC